UGUCUCGAAAGGAUAAAGAGUCCUAGUACAAUUAAAAUCUACUACUCUCUGCCGAAGAGUUGGAGGAAAGAAGAAGGAGAAGAGAAGAGAAGAAAGAGUGUGAGAAGAAAGGAGGAGGAGAUGGCUCUCAACUUCGAUGCGACCGAGCUGAGGCUCGGCCUGCCCGGCGACGUGCGGCCCCUCGAGAGCGAGACGCCGAAGACGGCCGGCAAGAGGAUGUUUGCGGAGACGGUGGCCGAAGUGGACUGUAAUCUCAAGCUGGGGGACUCGCCGAAGGCGGCCGUGGCGACAGAUCUGGUGGGGAAGACGAAGGAGAACCUCCUUCCUUGCACCAACGAUCCCGCGAAGCCAUCAGCACCCAAAGCACAGGUGGUGGGUUGGCCGCCGGUCCGGUCGUUCAGGAAGAACAUCCUGGCCGUCCACUCGGCAAAGAACGGUGAAGAUGGAGAGAAGGGCGGUGCGUCGUUCGUGAAGGUGAGCAUGGAUGGCGCACCCUACCUUCGCAAGGUGGAUCUGAAGAUGUACAAGAGCUACCAGGAUCUCUCCCUUGCCCUAGAGAACAUGUUCAGCUGCUUUACCAUCGGAAUGAACGGUAAGGAUUUCAUGAAUGAAAGCAAAUUGACGGACCUGCUGAAUGGGUCGGAGUAUGUGCCUACAUAUGAAGACAAGGAUGGAGACUGGAUGCUUGUGGGAGAUGUUCCAUGGGAGAUGUUUGUUGAUUCCUGCAAACGACUCCGCAUAAUGAAAGGAUCUGAGGCCAUUGGACUUGCUCCAAGAGCAGUGGAGAAGUGCAAGAAUAGGAGCUGAAGCUAAAGAAGGAUGGGAUUGAAGAGGAGUUAUGUGUGUGAUCAAGUGUCUUGUAUCAUGAUUUGAUAAUAGUCGUAAAGCAAAUGUGGCAUAACUACUAUGUACAAGAAUCAAUACCAGUGGUUUUAGAGACUCUUUAUUUUGUAAUGUGCUAGUCUGUUUGCUUGAUAAAAAUGUUCUUUAUGUUUGUUUUCCCAAAUUUUCUUAUUCUUGAAUUUUUAUUCAUUAAUACCAUUUUGGAAGGGAUUGAUCUCCUUCUAACA